AAUGGACUGUCGCCACGCUUCCAGCUCGAGUUUAAGUGAGAGGAUUGAUGAUUGAAGGAUUAGGAGUAGCAGCAGAACCGCAGGAAAAAAAAAAAAGUUGGGCUCCUUUCGUGGAUCCUUCCCAGUCCCCGACAGCGGGAGAAAGAGAGGAUUUCUUUUCUUUCAGAAUCCGACAGCGGGAGAAAGUGUUUAGAGAGAGUGAGAGAGACUGAUUGCCAGCCAAAGAUAAGGGGAAAAGAGAAAAAAGUCAAGGGAAAAGAGAAAAAAGGUCAAACGAAAAGGGUGCAAUGCUAUAUCACUCGCUCUCUCAGAUCUGUGCUUUCUCUUCACUUCCUUCAUGUGGGCGUUCUCCAUUUCUCCUUUCGUUGAAUUCUUGUAGCCAGUGGAAUUUUUUUGGGUCGCCUGGGAUCUUUUGUUUUGACCAUGGACUAACUGCCUCACCUGUUCCCGUCAAAUCACCUCGUGGUUCUUUUGCUCUUGUUGCUGAGAAGUCUUUGCAGGGCCCAUGCAAAAUGGAGCUUUCUUAAACGUAUUGGUGUCCAUUUGUAUUUUCAGGUUGCUUCCAAGCGAGUCCUAGUUAUCUGAGAACUGAAGCAUCAGAAUAAUGGGUAUUUCUGUAAAGUGGCUUAAAUCAUGGGUUGGACUAAGAAAUCCAGAGAAGUCGCAACAUUCAGAUAAGGAUGAAAAUAAAAGGGUCACUGCUACUAGGUUCUGGCACCGGAGGAAACAUUCUAUUGAUCUAGAUGGUCCUAUUGUGGAUAAUGAAUUUGCUGUUGGAACUGCUCCAUUGACAGCAGAUGUCAAUAUUCAAUCAAGCCCACAUUCCACAUCUUCUCCAGCCAACACCUCACUUCAAGUACAGGCAUCUGGUCAAACAGAACUGAAUUCAAGAGAGGACUGGGCUGCCACAGUUAUUCAAACUGCUUUUCGAGCUUUCCUGGCUAGACGAGCAUUACGGGCUCUAAAAGGACUGGUUAGACUUCAAGCCCUUGUUAGGGGUCAUGCUGUGAGAAAACAAGCUGCAAUAACUCUUCGCUGCAUGCAAGCUUUGGUAAGAGUUCAGGCUCGUGUCAGAGCCAGGCGAGUUCGCAUGGCAUUAGAGAAUCAGUUGGGGCAGCAAAAGGUUCAGCAACAACAAGCACUUGAGGCUCGUGUUCGAGAAACAGAGGAAGGGUGGUGUGACAGUGUAGGCUCCGUGGAAGAAAUUCAAGCCAAGUUGUUAAAGAGGCAAGAAGCAGCAGCCAAGCGUGAGAGAGCCAUGGCAUAUGCUCUCACUCAUCAGUGGCAGGCAGGUUCCAGGCAGACUGUAGCUCCUUCAGGAUUUGAGCCAGAUAAAAACAACUGGGGGUGGAACUGGUUGGAGCGAUGGAUGGCUGUUCGUCCAUGGGAGAACCGGUUCCUUGACAUUAAUCUCAAGGAUGGGGUCAUGGUUCAUGAAAAUGGACCACCUGAGGGAAAGUAUGGAACUAGGGCUCAGAACAAACCUGCUGGGAAGAAGCCUAUUUCAAAUCUUCAUUCCAAUGUCCUAAACCAGAAAACAGGCCCAUCACAUUCUGAGGGCAGUGGCUCUUCAUCAAAUCGAUCUGUGAGCCAGCUAACCUCUUCUGCUAUGCUAUCAGUUAAGGGGAAAUCAAAGCCAUCAUCUGAGGAGGUUUCUGGAGAAGCCAUCUCCCGGCCUUCUGGACUUGGCACUCGGUCAUAUAGCAAUCCAAAGGAAAGGCCAUCACAGCUGGAUUUUCAAGCUAAGAAGCGGCUGUCCCUUCCAACCAGUGCAGGUGUAUCAGCAGCAAAGCACCCUGCCAUCAAAAUUGCAGCUAACCAGUCUGCCACUGCUAAGAAAGCCAUCACUGAUACGCCAAGGUCUGAAAUAAAACGCCAUUUGAAUCCUACAGAUCCAGCUCCAAAGAGAGUUGAGGUGCAGACAUGAGAAGUCAUCUUCAGUUGAUUGCAAAUUUACAGUAGCAGCUGGUCCAAGGAUGUUCUAGUUUUGUAUCAAACUUUCUCUGUAUAUAAACCUCUGUUCUUCUCUGGCGAGGUUGUGGUCCUGGUGCCUCUCUACUUCUCCAUGACUUCAGAUGACAGGUAUGAAGAUGCCAAUGCUGGUUGCUACCUACAAUGAGGUAGGGAGACUUCAUUCUGUUACUGCAUUAUUAGUUGUGCGGCCAUGCAGUAUCUGUUUGUUCUUGUUGAGUUUUAAGUUAUGCCUAGUCAUUUUAAUCUGUUGUUGGAUGGCUGUUGGCACUCUGAAUCCCCAACUAUGAGCAAAAAUAGAAAAGCCAUGCUUGCAUUAGUGAAGUGUUGCUGCCUCGCUCUUUGUGAUUUUUAACACAUUCAAAGAGAAACAGGCACAUAUAUUUGACAAGGAAACCAUUUGGGAUCGCAAAAUUCUUACACUAGGCAUUACAAUCUGAAGUUACAAUUACCAUGUGAGAAAUUUUAUGUCCCAUUGCAUUAUGUUAGGUUUUCUUUUAAUUGUUGCUUCAACUAGCCUGUAAGUGCAAACCAUACUCCUAUCUAUGUUAACGAGUUUGAAGCUCGACAGCUUCGGGCUUUGG